AUCUAUUCCGGCUCCUGUCCGAUUCCGACAUAUUUCUAGAUUGAAUGGCUGGUACGGAGAGAGUAUGUUUAGAAACUUAAUUUUGUCUGUUGUUUCAUGUAAAGUAAUUAUUUCUUUGUCUACUGAAUGGAUGUUUACAAAAUGUAUGAACUCUUGGUCUGCCAGCGCUUGGAUUUCCAAAACGAGGCUUCAGAUCGGUUGAAUUUCCGGCGCGUUUUUUCGGACGUCUGAAAAGUCGGUGGACAACAUUAAUCUGUUCAAUGACCGAGGUUACCAAAAGAUACAAUUGCCAUGGGAAAGCAGAAGACAAACAGAUCAUCAGUACAUUGUAGUCCAGCUGUAGAGGCAGCAAAAUCUGUAAAGCGGGGUUGCAGACACAUCUCACAGAAUGGCAUUAUCGGGUCUCCGAGUGACCCAGAUUGUAUUUGUAAUCAGCAACAUACUGUUUUUGAUUAUGGGCAUCGCCAUGCUUGUGGUAGGAGCAUACCUCCAGAUCACAAGUUCCAGCUAUGUCAGCCUGCUGCCAUCAGACGACUUCUUCACCGCAUCUGCUCUCUUGAUAGCGUCCGGCAUUGUUGUCAUUGUUGUCUGCGCGAUUGGUUUCUUUGGGGUCUGGAUGCAGAGCCAAUGCAUUAUACUUAUUUAUAUGCUGUGUGUCCUGAUAAUACUUGCACUUUCCAUUGCUGCUGGAAUAAUUGCAUACGUUUUCUAUGGAGAGAUUGAGAGUGAGCUGAGAAACAGACUACUGGAAGGACUGAAGGACAAAGAAAAGAGGAAGAGCUGGGAUGAAAUACAACAAAAGGAGCGCUGCUGCGGUGUCACUAACUACAAGGACUGGUAUGGACUGGUCGACCCGGACUACCCCAGUAACCUCCCAGACUCCUGCUGUGAUGGGCCAAACUGUGGCUCGCAAGGAACAACCGUUGCAUAUGACGAGGGUUGUUAUGAGAAAGGAAAAGAAUGGAUCCAGGACAACUUUUAUGCACUUGGAGCUGCUGGCAUCACACUCGGAGUUUUACAGGUCAUUCUGGUGGCAGUAUCGUGCUUCCUUCUGGUGAUGAUGAGGAGGGAAAAGAAAAACUUUGCUUGAAAUGUCAAAUCACGUGAACAUGCAAAAUAAAUUAUGGCUCACGUAAGAACCUGUGCUUUGUUUAAUGAAUGUCAUUUUAAACCUGAUACAAAUUUAUCACAUGAAAAUAUAAGGUCAAAAUGAUGUUUUUUUAAUAUCCAUGUAUUUCCUAAUAUUAUAUUUUAUUUUGUAUGAUCGAAUGAUUUUCUGCAAGUUUUGCAAUUGUGCAAUGCCCAUACUUUAAUUCCUCAUGUACCAAGUGUCAUGUUGUUAUGUAAGAUGUGAUGUACUGGUGGUACUUGACUUAUUGAUGCAAAACAUAUAUGGACUCUAUAAUUAUAGCGCAAUAUGGAAUUGAUGUGCUCGUUACAUUUUUAGGUCUGUAUACAUUGUAUAUAUUUACAGAAUUAGUUUGUAGAAUAAAAUGUUACAGUUUG